UCCAUUUGAUCCAAUCAACGAGAGCGGACAGGAUUCGUCGUCACGUACGUUGACGCUGGCAACAUUCACCAUUUAUCAGCUCUGCUUUUUACUGGAAAAAUACCAGCACAUUCUGGAUUCAAUUCCCGACGCACAAAAAAAAUGGGAAGCGAAUCUGAAGCGGCAACCGGCAAAGAUAACAAUCUCUUGUUUUCCAUUAAUGGUGAGAGGUUUGAGCUCUCCAGUGUUGAUCCUUCCACAACUUUGCUCGAGUUCCUGCGUUCGCGCACUCGCUUUAAGGGCACCAAGCUCGGCUGUGGCGAAGGUGGUUGUGGUGCUUGUAUGGUCCUUCUUUCCAAAUAUGAUCCUGUGCUGGACCAAGUUGAGGAUUUUACAGUUAGCUCAUGUCUCACUCUACUUUGUAGUGUUAAUGGAUCUUCAGUAACAACAUCUGAGGGACUAGGAAAUAGCAAAGAUGGGUUUCACACAAUUCAUCAAAGGUUUGCUGGUUUUCAUGCUUCUCAAUGUGGGUUUUGCACUCCUGGGAUGUGUAUAUCAAUCUUUUCAGCUAUUGUGAAUGCUGAUAAGACCAACCGGCCAAAACCUUGUCAAGGAUUUUCCAAGCUGAGAGUUUCUGAAGCUGAAAAGGCUAUUGUUGGAAACCUUUGCCGUUGUACAGGUUACCGAUCCAUUAUUGAUGUCUGUAAAAGUUUUGCUGCUGAUGUCGACAUGGAAGAUUUGGGGUUCAACUCUUUUUGGAGAAAAGGAGAAAGUACGGAAGCAAAGAUGUGUAAAUUAUCCCUGCAUAAAUGUAAUUAUGAGAUUUGCACAUUUCCUGAGUUUUUGAAGAAAGAUAUCAGGUCCAAUAUGAUUCUAGACCCCAGAAACUUUUGUUGGUACAGUCCUGUUAGUGUCAAGGAUCUCCAGGAAUUAUUGGAAUCCAAUGAGAGCGACAGUGGCAUCAUGACGAAAUUAGUUGUAGGUAAUACGGGUAUGGGAUAUUUUAAGGAACUAGGCAACUACAACAGAUACAUUGAUAUACGAUAUGUUCCUGAGCUAUCAAUGAUCAGGAUAGAUCAGACUGGAAUUGAAAUUGGAGCAGCCGUGACAAUAACUAAAGUUAUCGAGGCUUUGGAGGAAGAGGAUAAUGUACGGUAUUCCCCUCAAGGUGCAAUGGUAUUCAAAAAACUUGCUAAGCAUAUGGAAAAGAUUGCGUCAGGAUCCGUAAGAAACUCCGCUAGUAUAGGGGGCAAUAUAGUGAUGGCGCAGACAAAAGAGUUUCCAUCUGAUAUUGCCACAAUACUUCUUGCGGUGGGUGCAACAGUGGAGUUAAUGAAAAAACAGUUGCGUGAAAAACUUACAUUGGAGGAGUUUCUUAAAAUGAAUCCUAUGGAUUCUAACAGUGUUCUUUUAAGUGUUAAAAUCCCUUUCUGGCACUUGAUUUAUGGAAACAACAGUUUGUUGCUCUUUGAAACAUAUCGAGCUGCUUCACGUCCCCUUGGAAAUGCAUUACCUUAUUUAAAUGCUGCUUUCUUGACUGAGGUGUCUAUGAGCAACACAUCCAAUGGAAUUAUAGUAAAUAACUGUCAAUUGGCUUUUGGUGCUUACGGGACUAAACAUGCAAUUAGAGCAAGAAAGGUUGAGGAAUUUUUAGCUGGGAAGUUACUAAGUGUUGGUGUUCUAUAUGAAGCUAUUGAAUUACUUGAAGUCACUGUUGUACCAGGACAUGGUGCCUCAACUCGUGCAUAUAGGUCCAGCAUCGCUGUUGGUUUUUUCUUCGAGUUCUUUAGUCCAUUUAUUGAAACUAAUGUUGAAAUUUCCAGUGGUUGGUUAGAUGGAUACCAAAGUUAUCUGCUAUUUGAAGAUUCAAAAGUAAAAGAGAGUUAUAAACAGCUUGAUGGAGUGAAUCCGCCAACAUUGCUUUCAUCUUCAAAGCAGGUUUUCGAAUUGAACAAAGAAUAUCAUCCAGUUGGUGGACCUAUUAUUAAAUCUGGAGCUUCCCUUCAAGCAUCCGGUGAGGCUGUUUUCGUGGAUGACAUUCCAUCGCCCACAAACUGCCUACAUGGAGCAUUCAUUUACAGCACAAAGCCUUUUGCACAGGUGAAGGGAAUACGAUUCAGAACAAAAUUGUAUCCUGCUGGAGUUUCUGCACUUAUUUCAUUCAAAGACAUUCCAGAAGGUGGGAGGAAUAUUGGUUCUACAACCAUAUUUGGCACUGAACCUUUAUUUGCGGAUGAACUUACUCAUUGUGCUGGUCAGAGAGUUGCUCUUGUGGUUGCGGACUCACAGAAACAUGCAGACAUCGCAGCAAACCUUGUUAUCAUUGAUUAUGAUACUGAGAAUCUUGAACCUCCAAUAUUAUCAGUGGAGAAAGCUGUUGAAAAAUCCAGCUUUUUUGAAGUUCCUGCUUUCUUUUACCCAAGCCAGGUUGGUGAUUUAUCAAGAGGAAUGGCUGAAGCUGAGUACAAAAUUCUCUCUUCUGAGAUCAGAAUCGGGUCCCAAUACUAUUUCUACAUGGAGACACAAACUGCCCUUGCUAUACCAGAUGAAGACAACUGCAUGGUGGUUUAUAGUUCAACUCAGUGUCCCGAGUAUGUACAUUCGACAAUUGCUAGAUGUCUUGGGGUUCCUGAACAUAAUGUCCGUGUGAUUACAAGAAGGGUAGGAGGUGGCUUUGGGGGAAAAGCCGUAAAAGCUAUGCCUGUUUCUACAGCAUGUGCGCUUGCUGCACACAGAUUACGACGUCCAGUUAGGAUAUAUCUCAACCGCAAGGUUGAUAUGAUAAUGGCUGGAGGAAGGCAUCCAAUGAAAGUAACUUACAGUGUUGGAUUCAAAUCAAAUGGAAAGAUUACAGCUUUACAACUUGAUAUAUUAGUUAAUGCUGGGAUGUCCGCUGACAUAAGUCCGGCAAUGCCUCACAAUAUCAUAGGUGCGCUAAAGAAGUAUGACUGGGGUGCUUUAUCUUUUGAUGUAAAAGUGUGCAAGACAAACCUUCCAAGUAGAUCAGCUAUGCGGGCCCCUGGAGAGGUGCAGGGAUCAUUCAUUGCUGAAGCUGUUAUUGAACAUGUAGCAUCUACCCUUUCCAUGGAGGUGGAUUCAGUUAGAAGCAUUAACCUUCACACAUGUAACAGCCUGGACCUAUUCUAUGCAGGUAGUGCUGAUGAAGCUCAGGAGUAUACUUUACCAUCGAUAUGGGAUAAGUUGGCAAGAAGUUCAACCUUCAACCAGAGGACUGAUUUGGUAAAUGCUUUUAAUAGGUGUAAUAGAUGGCGCAAAAGGGGCAUUUCUCAAGUGCCCGUUGUGCAUGAAGUCAUACUGAGGAGUACACCAGGAAAAGUGAGUAUUCUGAGGGAUGGGUCUGUUGUUGUUGAGGUUGGUGGCAUUGAACUUGGCCAGGGCCUGUGGACAAAGGUAAAACAGAUGGCUGCAUAUGCCCUAAGUUUGAUCCAGUGUGAUGGAACGGAUAAUCUUCUGGAGAAAAUACGUAUUGUACAGUCAGAUACAUUAAGCUUAAUCCAAGGUGGUUUUACUUCUGGGAGCACAACAUCUGAAGCAAGCUGUGAGGCUGUGAGACUUUGCUGCAGUAUCUUGGUUGAGAGACUGAUGCCUCUUAAGGAGAGGUUGAUGGAAGAAAAGGGUUCCAUAAAUUGGGAAAUGCUGAUUCUUCAGGCAUAUUUUCAGAGUGUGAACUUAUCUGCAAAUUCCCUCUAUGUGCCAGAAUUUGCUUCGAUGAAAUAUCUAAAUUAUGGUGCUGCAGUGAGUGAGGUGGAGAUAAAUCUUCUGACAGGAGAAACCACAAUUUUGCGGACAGAUAUUAUUUAUGACUGUGGAAAAAGCCUCAACCCAGCUGUAGAUCUAGGACAGAUAGAAGGAGCAUUUGUUCAAGGAAUUGGGUUUUUUAUGCUUGAAGAAUACCCAGUAGAUUCAGAUGGAAUGGUGGUUGCUGAUAGCACGUGGACUUACAAGAUCCCUACAGUGGACACGAUACCCAGGCACUUCAAUGUUGAAAUACUGAACAGUGGACAUCAUAAAAAGCGUGUACUCUCCUCAAAAGCAUCUGGUGAGCCACCUUUGCUUCUAGCAGUUUCUGUCCACUGUGCUACAAGAGCAGCUAUUAAAGAAGCCAGAAAACAGCUGAAUUCUUGGAGUGGGAAGGACGGGUUUGAUUCCGUGAUCCAGUUGGAGGUGCCUGCAACCAUGCCUGUUGUUAAGGAGCUGUGUGGGCUUGACAACGUACAGAGGUAUUUACGGUGGAAAUUGGCUCAAGGUGGAACUUAAUGUAUCUGACUUGAUUGUAGGUAAAAUCUUCAAUGUUCAUGCAUCUGAGAAUUGCUGUUUUAGCUGCCGCUGCAACUGCUAUUGCUGUCUUCUUGACUCACCCUCACCCAACCGGUCAAGUAAGUUUUUUCUUUUCAAUGGUAUGCCUCUAUAAACCUCUACCACUUUUUGCUUAAAGAGUUGGUCAUCUCUUCGAACCCAAGUUAGAUUAAACUGCCAGUAGCGGCAUCCAUAUAUUGGUAUAGACUAUAAAAUAAUGUUCAAAUAGUGCUUCUUUAAACCCGUAGCUUAUUAUAAUAAGCGCAAUAGAGUCUUGGGAACACAGCUUGUUUAUAGGUGUCCACCCCUAUAAACUUAACGAGUGAAAUAAAAUUGAAGGAGAUUUACUCGUAAACCACGAAGAUAUACAUUUUGAAUAGCUGUUUUGGUUUGAACUGAUGUAUUGUGUAUAACGGUGAAUAAUGUUAUAUUGUUUCUUUCUUUUGCUUUUGGAAUUUAGUUCCCACUAUCAUAAUCGUUGAUAUUA